AUGACGACACGAAGAAGAUACGGGUAUUUAACAUUGGAAGAAGCCACACAAUAUCUUGAGGAGCUUUUGUCAGAUGAUAGCCAGGAAAAUAUUAUUGAACAAGUGGUCAUAGAGCCGCCGAGAGCUAACUAUUUGCCGUCUGAUGAAGACUCUGGAGAUGAAGAUGGUGGUGGACUCCCGCAAAAUUUGCCCAAAGCUCUACUUAUACAACCAUGCGAAAUUACAAUUCGGAAGUCGGGAUCAUGUGGCGAUGAUGAUCAGGAAAACGCGGAAGACAUGGAAAAUGUAUUGCUAGAGCAGACAUUGCAAGAUGUUAUAAAUAACUCUUCUGAUAAUUUAAAUAUUGAUUGCCUUAGAUCUAAUGCAACUACACCGUUGAGUGUAAAAUCAUCUGCAGAAUCGCCUAAAAGAAAAGCAGUGGAAAAUAAGAUAAAGACCCCAUCUAAGGUACCUCGUGUGCAGCAUUUUGACUCUGCCUCAGGUUCUACAAAGAAACCAAGACCAUCAAAAUGUAAAAAAUCAAAGUAUGCCAAAAGAUUACAAAGUGAAACUAUUCAGUGGGUGGAAGAUGAGGAUGUAUGGUGUCAACGUAUAUUCCCUGAACCCGACUUUUCUGAUUGCACUGACUUACCACCCUACGUGCAAUUUGAGAAGUUUUUUGACGAUGAGUUGGUACAAAUGCUAUGCAAUGAAAGUAACAGUUAUGCAGUAUAUAGUGGACAAGAGAACCCAAAAAUAUCGAUGAAUGAAAUGCGAGUUUUUCUUGGAAUCCUGAUUGUUACAGGUUAUGCUUCAGUUCCUUCAAAGAGAGAUUAUUGGACAAAUGAAAGCGAUCUUAAAAAUGAAUUGGUUUCGGAUUCUAUGCGUAGAAAUCGCUUUGAUACAAUAUUUCGUAAUAUACAUUUUAUUGAUAAUGCAAAACAACAAGGAGACGAUAAAAUCUGGAAACUACGACCAUAUACAGAUGCUUUAAAAACACGUUUCUUGAAGCACUUUCAUCCUGAACAAUGUCUAUCUUAUGAUGAAUCAAUGAUUGAAUAUUAUGGUCGUCACAGCUGCAAACAAUUCAUAAGAGGAAAACCCCUUCGUUUCGGUUACAAAAUGUGGAGUUUAAAUACUCCGCUGGGAUACUUAAUAAAUUUUGAAAUGUAUCAAGGAUCAAAUCCCCGUUUAAAGCCUGAAUAUUACACCAGGUAUGGGAAAAAUAUAACUCCAUUGUUUUGUAUGCUGGAUGAAUUUGAUGAAAAUGUUAAGCAACUUGAAUUUUCAAUUCAUUUUGACAAUUUAUUCACGACAGUUAACGCUUUGGUUGGUCUAAAGCAACGCGGUUACCAUGGAACUGGAACAAUCCGAGAAAAUUGCAUACCCAAAUCAUGUCCUUUACCUUUAAAAGAUGUAUUAAAAAAACAACAGCGUGGUCAUAUUGAAAGUAUAAAAAUGGUAUCUCCUGCUAUAAAAAUUACCAAAUGGGUUGACAAUGCAGUUGUAUCUGUAGCGUCCACUAUUCAUGGGAAGGUACCUAUCACCAAAAUAGCCAGAUUUUCCCGAACGCAUAAGAAAAGAAUUAUGGUUCCCUUACCACAUGCUAUAAACGAAUAUAAUAAAAAUAUGGGUGGAACUGAUAGAAUGGAUCAAAAUGUAAAUGCAUAUAGAAUUGGGGCGCGAGGAAAGAAAUGGUGGUUUUCAAUAUUUACAUGGUUAGUAGAUGUUUCAAUACAAAAUGCUUGGAUUCUACAUCGCAAGGCAGGUGGAAGCAUGUCCCAGUUGAGUUUUCGCCGAUCAAUAGCAACUCGGUAUUGCAAAUCUUAUGGCAGUAACAAACCACCUCAGAGUUAUCGUCGUUUAGCUACAGAUGAACAAGAGUAUUCAACCAGAUAUGAUGGGGUAAAUCACUUUGUCGUCGAAACAAAGGACAAAAAAAGACGUCGUUGUGCAGGUUUGAACUGCUUGUCUCAUCCAACUUCCAUGUGCAAGAAAUGUAAUGUUGGAAAUUCAAAUGGUUUAAAGCCUUUAGCUUCGUAUGAUGACGAAGGUGUCGUGUUGAGAGAAAGUUGGUUAUGUUCGCAGCAGUACGCCCAAAAAUUUUGGAAGAGAUGGGUAGCUGAGUAUUUGCCUACAUUAACUUGUAGAACAAAGUGGUAUGAAAAGGCUAAACCAUUAGCGGUAGGAGAUUUGGUGGUGGUGGUUGACCCAGCAAAUCCAAGAAAUGUAUGGCCAAAAGGUAGAAUAAUUGAAGUCACCAUGUCAGAGGACGGUCAAGUGGAGGAUGUUCAAGACACAGCCAUGCCUUUAAACAUACUCAAUCUUGGACCAUUGGUGAAGUACUUUCUAAGUACCAGCUAA